AUCGCAACCUGUUCUUAACGAAACCGGGAAUCGCUGCCCUUCCCAUACUCGCUUGCUGGCUGAGAAGGGCUUACCCGAUACUACCACGAAGUCUGGUAGGCUUACGAUUAUUUGCGCUCUUCUUACGUUGAUUGCGACUCCAGCAUCGCCGGUACCGUGUCAGUUGAUUAUAGGAAUUUGAGGAUCCGAGGACCAAUUUGGUUUUCCCACAAGAAAAUAAAAUAAAAUCAGGUUACCAUACGCACCUACAGGCUCAAUAGACUUCGGGCUUUGAUACAGUCUUUCAGGAGGAGAGAAUCUUUUUGAUUUUUUUUUUCCCCGAGUUGUGAUUCUCUCCACGCGAGGUUGGCUGGUUCACGGUCCUGCUGCGAGUUGAGUGCGAGUUCUAUAGGUACUACUGGAAAGGCUCCUGUCCGAACUGAUGACCACCCGUUAUUUUCUCCCCUACCUGUACAACCAUCCACUCUUUACGCAUCAAACUGGCAAAAUAGCUGUUUAUAAAGUUCUUUUACCAGCUGCAUUAGAGCAACACCAGACCCCGAUUCUCUAUCAGCUUCAUAAAUCAGACUGAUCUUUCUCUGAACGGCAAAAAAAAAUACAGUUAACGACUGCCCUGCUACAUUAAGCCGCCUUUGCAAAGCUCUACUUGAUUGAGUGCUGUCCGCUGCAAGAAGGCCUCUUGACCCUAAUUUCACCUCACCAACCAUAAACCCGAUAUUAUCUUGAGCCUUUGGGUCCUUCAGGUCUUGGGUCAUCAAUCACAAUUAUGGCCCGCCCGGUUUGCUCUAAACCCAUUUCCCGGGGGAAUGGGCCCGAGAAAAUCUAUCCUCUAUCCACGUCCUCCUUUCACUCUUCCGCUUCUAAUCCAAAACCUCAACAUCCAUAUCAACCCACGCUUUCUUCCCACACACCACCUCCAAUGGACACCCUGCCUCUACCGCCUAUAAAGUUCAUCAGAACACAAACCACUUCGGUGGCCUUUACAGAAGAUCAAACUAUAUCCAGAUUUGGAUAUUUUAGCGGAAAAAAGAGGAGGAAAGGAAACCCGCCCUCAUCAAAUGGCAAAGCCUCUAAAAAAGUUAGGAGAGAUAGUCCUGCCAAAAAUUUCAAUGAUGAACGCCUUAGGGGAGACAAACUCCUUAAGCAGUCCCAGCCCGUGCGCUUAGGAGUUGCAGCAGAAGACUCAAUUGGGGAGUCCUCGUCCAGAAUUUCAGCGAGUAAGGUAAAGUCUGCUUUUACAAAUAUUUUCAGUACCCGGUGAAGUUCUAACAUCCGACAAAUAAAGCAGCCUUCCUCCCAAAGACCUGGUAUCUCAUUAAUAGAGAAACCAAAUAAGUCAGACAAGGAGUCGGCCGCUGUAGCCGCAACAAAGUUAAAGGCUAAUCAGGCAAUUUUUACAGAGUCAGGUCCAGUUUUCUCAGGGGAAAACAGGGAGAAAAAUGGACCCAACGAGGUACCAUACCCCCCAAAUUUAGGCCCUUACAAAGGCCCAUACAUAAAGUCAACUGCCUUUACACCUGAUAGCACCACAGUGCUAGUUGGUACCUUGAAGUUUAUUAUUCGUACAAGUUUCAUAACUAAUUAUUUAUUUAUCUCGCAAUAGUUAUUAUCGCCGAGAAAGACCAAACCGGAAUUGGGUUCUACUGUUAAGAGCCAAUUCGAAGGUCCAAAUAUCAACGCCGGCUCAAUCGCUACCGCUUCCGGAAAGACUGUAGUUUCGGUUCUCACCUCCUCAAUUCAUUUAAAACUUGACAGCUCUACUAACUAAUUACUCGUUUAGGGGAAGUCCGUUCUGGGUACAAAACCGGGGGACUUAUCUAAAGAAUCUCCUAAGAGGCCCAAUAAGGAUCUGCGUGUUAAAGGCCUGAAGAAUCCCUCAUAUUUUUGCUAUCGGAAUUCGGUCCUACAGCUCUUCUCUUCUAGUACAAUCUUCGUUGAAGAGAUAUCUGAACAUAUAAAGAGAAAAUGUAAGCACCCAACUCUUAUAUCACCUCUCUAAACAAUACCCAAAGAAUAUCUAACCAGUCCAAGAUCACUGUGGUCCUAAUUGUACAUCCUGUGCACUUGGAAAAUUCUUCGAAAAUCACUUCAGGCCCGCUAGAGGGGAGCAGACUCUGAAUAAAAGUCUACCAGUAGUGAGCCGACUUCGUGACGGUAAGUGUUUUGCACCCCCAAACUACAAGAAAGAAUGCUAACUCCUCAAUAAAGUUCUUCCCGAACCAUUCGGAUAUAAUCAAUGUAAUCAAGAGGAUGCAUCCGAAUACAUGCUUGCUUUACUCAACAAGGGGGUGGACCAGCUCAAGAGGUAUUUAUUUCACCACUCAACAGUCGCUGUUAUUAUUAAGUAUAAUAACGCCAUCAGCGCUCCAAACCAUACAAAUUCGGAAAAUCACAUCGACCGCGUAUUCGGCGCAAAGUACGAUUCCGUUCUUACUUGUCCUAUCUGCGACAAUAGGUCGGUUACUCCCGAGUACCAGCUGAACCUUCAGCUAGCGAUAAAAGUGGCCCCUAAGGCGCCGAUAAACCUUAAUGCCUGCUUUGCAAACAAUUUUUCAGAGGAGUACGUUGAGGCUUCUUGCGACAAAUGUGGGCACAAGACAGGGCCUUCAAGGAAAUCGAAACGGUUUGUCAAGAAGACAGAGAUUAGGAAGCUUCCAAAAUUUCUUGUUAUUACUCUUUCAAGAUACAAGAUAGGAAGGCGGGUUCAGACUAAGAUUAUGAACUCUGUAAAACUGGAGGAGAAACUAGUUCUGAGAGAAGGUAACAAACUUGUAACCUACGAGCUCAAAGGUAUGAUCUGCCACCAGGGCGCGCAGGUCAGGUCUGGUCACUACAUUGCGUUUACCAAGCAACCCGAUAGGACCUGGGCCAAGUGUGAUGAUGCCUGGGUAGGUCCACCUUAGAAUACCUUAAUACUUUGUGUAGAAACGCUAACUCGGUUUUAAUAGAUAACGAAGAGCAACUUGGAGAAUAUAAAGCUCCACCAGAAGGUUUUUCAAAUAUAUAUGCUAGGGUAUGAGCAAGUUACUUGUUAAUUAGUGGGGUAUUUGUUUGUUUGUUUUUCCUUGUUUUCACUUUUUUAAAUAAGUCAAGGAGCUGUUUUUACCCCCUUUCUUUCCUUCUUUUUUCUUUUUCUUUUUUUUUUUUUUCAUAAAAGCAACGUCCGCUACAAAACUAUGGUUGUGGAAGGUGCUUCUUGUUACAAAACUUUAUUUGAGCCCACAUGCCCAGUUUUUUACGCUAAAGCCUGCCUGCAGCCACGCGGUGUCAGAUCUCUUGGCGAUCUGGCUUGGGUCGGGAUUAAGCUUAUUUGAACUCCCUGGCCGACAGGUCCCUUUAUCUUUCCGUUAAAGAGGGAUCCGAGCUAGCUGUCAAGUGCAACCGAGCCAACGAGAGGCUCAAACAGCCAAACCUUAAGCAGACAGCGAAAGUCAACCCAGCAGGCCUCACCUUAUUCCAAUCUAUAUUUUUUUUUAUGUAUAUAUAUUGUGGCAUACCUUUCAGUACCAGAUUCUCAUUUCGGUAUAGGACUAUGACCUAUGUAAUGUGCGUAUGGUACAGUACAGUGCGGUAUCACAGUCGAGUACCAGAAUCAAACCGUUAAAAUCUCCAAACACCAUAGGCAAGUUUGUGUGCUUCCGAAUUCCC